CCCAGAAAAUACAUUGUGGUUGUACCCAAAUCAGCCCCUAACUCAAAUACAUGUAGCCCAAGGUCACUGCAAGAGGGGCACAUUUCAAGCCAAGGUCCUUAGAUGUCUUUCUUCUCUCUAGUGUGAGUUGACACCUGAGCUGAACCAUGGGUUUAGGCUGUCCUGAGGGUCACUUCUGGGACGGCCUGGUCAGGAAGUGUCUGACCUGUCAGAUGGUCUGCCAGCAGCCUCAACACCACCUCAGAUGCAUUGAGUACUGUGUGUCUCUAGGGUGUAAGGCCGUCCCAGGGCAGUACUACGACAGGCUGCUGAAGAAGUGUCUGAGGUGUGCUGUGGUGUGUGGCAUCCAUCCCUCAGAGUGUUCCCACCAAUGUCAGACCCAACAGCCUGCCUUGAGUGCAACCUUGAGGCCUGUGGACGGGACUGUCUUCCAGAACCCUACCACCAGGGGGGGCUCCCUACUCAGAGGUCUGCCUAACUCAGCCAUCCUGGUGUACUCUCUACUGGGCUUGUCUCUGGCUCUGCUGCUGUUGACCCUGUCUUUGGCCCUGCUUGUGCUGCUGAGGAGGGCCAGUGCCAGGGGCCGCCGAACAGGGGCCACACAGAGCAGUCACAACCAGGGCCGUGGAAGCAAGGAGGCCCAAGAACCUAACCAGCAUAGCCAGUCCUCCAAAGACAGCCUGAUGGAUCCAUCCCUGCCCCAGCUGAACAGUGUGACAGCGGGCCAUUUGUCCAGCCCCACAGAGACCUGUGUGUGUGUCCACUGCUUCCCUGACCUCAGAGUGCCCGGCAGGGGAGAGAAGCAGCAGAGACCCCCUCUCAGCCUCUACCAGCAGGCUGUCCCCCAGGACCUCCACACUCCUACCAGACCACUCCAUUGUGGAUCAUCACAAAAAAUAAUCUGCACCCCCUCUCAGCCCAUCUUCUGAAAGGAGCAGAACUGAAAGCGACUAGACACUUCAGCAAUCAUAGAGAUCCUAUUAAAUUACUAGAGGGGCUGUCAUAAACCCUCAAAGUUCCAUAAUGGGCCGAAAAUGGCAGCCAUCUUGGUCAGGGAGAAAUCCAAAACCAGACUAAUUGGAAUGAAUGGCAGAGGCAUAGGUGAUGCAUUUCUUGCUUUUAGUUAUGCAGGAAAAUAAAAGUAAGGCAGGGGAUGUAUUAGAAAUUGUGUAAUGGAAUUAUAGUCAACCUAAAAUAGUGUCAUAAUUAUAAAUACAGUUGAUACAGGUUUAAUACCAAUUUUCUGUACAAAUACCUUCUAAAAUAUAUGUAAACAGACCAUACGUCUCAGACUGUUUUCUUGGAAAACAGAGUGCUAUUCUAUGAUACAAUAUCAGUACUUACGUCCUAUCAUCAACUGAUUUGAGCCAGUGUAUGACUGUGGAUUGACUGCCUUAUUUGAAUGGAACGUUUGCAUAUUGGAUGUUAAUUAGAAAAACGUAUGGAGUCAUUCCUCUAAAACUGGCUGGCCAGCUAGCUAGCAAGCAAACUCCCAUACAAUGCAGAUCAAUUCUUCACAUACAUUGUUUUACACAAUAUCUUAUCACAGCACUGGUAAACCAAGGUUGACCAACAUGGCUGACCUUUGGACCAUCAUGAGGUUCAUGGCCAUUCUAGUAUUAUAAUUCCUAAUUCUAUUAUAGCAAUAAACAACCCUAGACAGAUCUGACACCACCCACUCCAGGGUGAAGUUUCCCCUAGGUACAGAUCUAGGAUCAGCUUGCCCUCCCCAAUCCAAACCGGAACCAUUAGUGAGAAAAAAAUUAUCUUCUAAACUGGCCCAAGAUCAGCCACGUCUAGGGGCAACUUCACCUGGCCUACACCACGCAGACCAGAAACAACUCUCCCUGUGAUGUGAGAAGUCUGGAGAGCAGAAAUGAAUAGGUGGUGAAGGAAAAUGGAAGGAUACACGAGAAACUGUAUCGAGGGAGUGACAAGGGAGUAACAGAGAACAUGAUAUAUGCCCGUAUGUACUUACACCAAACAAAUGACACCUGCUACAUCUCUUGGGAGACAUUCACAUGUGGGUGGCCUCCUUGUGCCAUGAUUCAGCAAAGACCUCCAGUAAAUCUUGUACAAGUUAAUAAAACCCUGAAGCACACAGGAGAGUAUAGAUAUAGAUUUUUAUUAUGUGUAUCUCACCAUCAUUGUGUCCAGUUCUUGCAGCAGAUAAAGUGUUGGGGAUGUAUUUGACUAGCAUGACGACGCUUGGCUAUUUCCAGCAACAUGGAUAAAGGAACUCAGUUUAUACUUUUUUUUUUUUUUUAACAUACGUACUGUACAUACAUACUU